UACUUUUAUGCAAUUUUUUUUUAAGCCUUAUUAUGUACAAGUUUUUAUCACCCCAUGGAUAGUUAUGUAUAUAUAUUUUUGGCUUUACAUUUUGUGGCUACCUUACCUUCAGAAGCAACUAGCUUACCUUUAGAAGCUUCUUUAUUGCAACAACAGCAGUUUAACGAAGCCAUUGUUUCUAAACAAAUUCUCAACUAUUUCCGUAUUUUUGGUCUUGAUAGAUUUUCUUCAAAUGAAUCUUUGCAAGUAUUGAUGCAACUGGCUUCAAAUGGCUCUGAGUUAAAUGAUUUUUUUAAUAAGACAAGUAUAUCAGUUAAUUGUGCAGAUUCUAUAUAUAACCUUAUGAAACCCGGUCUAAAUUAUGUUUUACACAAAAACUGGACAGGAUUGUUUAUGUGGUUCAUGUCUUCUCCGCUUUUUUUGUAUAUUGAAUCUUGGGGUUUUCCAACCAAUCGAUUAUAUUUUGGUAAUGUUGCAUGGUUAGGUGCGUUUGAUGAAUGUCAAAGUAUCAAUGGCUCUCAGUAUUGUGUUGCAGAUAUGAUUUUAUUUAAUAAUUCAAUACCACUUGAUGGAGAGCUUGGUGUUUGCACUCCUAAUAAAUGCUCAACAAAUGAUGUUUUUCAUCUUCUUUCUAUGACUAAGUCUUAUUUAUUCUCUGAGUUUCCUUCCAAUGGAAAGUUUGUCACCACGUAUAAUGUACCACCCAUUGUAUGUAAAAGUAAUAAAAUAAUCUGGACUAAAGCUGCAGUCAUUUGUAUCGCACUGCUCUGUAUUCUUGCUUUAUUAAACAUACUUGGGACAUUACUAGAUAUUAUUAAAGAUGCUUUUACCCCAGACUACUUGCUAGAAGUUUCUUUUGAACGCAAUGCAGAUAGUAUGAGUGUGAAUUACAAUCGCUUUGGGGAAGCAAGUGUUGACAUGCAGCGUGGCAAUCGUUUAAUAGAAAUUGUUAUGUGUUUUUCCGUUCUAAAAAACAUUCCGCGAAUUUUAUCUGUUACUAUGCCUAAGAAUUCUGUUCGUUCUAUUAAUGGUAUAAGAGUAAUCAGCAUGUCUUGGGUUGUUUUGGGUCAUUGCUAUUACUUUCUUCAUAAUGUAAGCACAGAUAAUUUACAUGCUUCUUUAGAAAACUUUAUCAAUACUUUCUCAUUUCAAGCAAUAUCUAAUGCUUAUGUUUCUGCUGACACCUUUUUUUUAAUGAGUGGAUUUUUGGUUGCAUAUGUGUCAAUAAAAAAUAUGGAUAAAAAAGGAGAGAUUAAUCUGCUAUUAUUUUAUUUACAUAGACUACUCAGGGUUACUCCAACCUACAUGCUAGUUAUUUUCAUUUAUUCAAGUUUAUUGCCCAUUUUAAUAAAUGGACCUGUAACAUUUAAAUUCAAUAAGAAUGUUGCAAUGUGUCAGAAGUAUUGGUGGACCAAUCUACUUUACAUAAAUAAUUUUUAUCCAAAAAUUCAAAAAAUGUGUUUAGAAUGGUCAUGGUAUUUAUCAAAUGACAUGCAGUUUUAUUUUAUUAGUCCAAUAUUUCUCUACUUGAUGCUGAGAUAUAAACGAAUCGGUGCAUUACCUGGUGGUUUUGGCAUACUUUCUUGCAUGAUUAUCACACUUUCUUUAACAGCUUACUAUCAUAUCCCACAAAUACCUUCUCUUAAUGAUCAUGUACAUAAAGUGAAUAUAUUCAAUGACUACAUCUAUUUAAAGCCUUACACAAGAUUUACACCAUAUUUGAUUGGUUUGUUGCUAGGAUACGUCAUUUCAAGAGAUAUAAAGAUUAUUAAAUACAAUGGGAUUAAGCUAGCUUUUGCAUGGAUUGUUGCAUUUGGCAUUGGUCUAGCUGUAGUUUAUGGUCCUUACAUAGUGGUUCAAAACAAUAAUGGAAAGUUUGGGGAAGUAGCAAAUAUUAUUUAUAGUGCUUUAUCGAAACUUUUAUGGGCUGUUGCAGUAUCCUGGGUUAUAUAUGCUUGUCAUUACAAUCUUGGAGGUUUAAUUAACAGAUUUCUGUCAUGGAAUGUAUUUCUUCCUAUUUCUCGAUUGACUUUUGGAGUUUACCUCAUUCAUCCGCUUGUUUUACUCUACUUCUAUUAUUCACUUGAUAACCCGGUUCACAUUGAGAGCAUUACAAUGGUAUUUCUAUUUUGUGGAACUUUGACAAUUUCUUUGGCAAUAGCUCUUGUAUUGGCUGUUGGGUUAGAUCUGCCAAUCAUUAAUUUAGAAGAAAAACUAAAGCGCAAGUUUUUAACUGUGAAUCAAACAAGAGAUAUUGUAUUUCAUUGAAUCAAACAAAACGGUUUGGAUUUUAUGGAACAAGACAAAAAAAAAUUGCGUUUCGUGGAACCAAACAAAAUUUUUUGUAUUUUAUCAACCAUACAAAAA